AUGAUUAUCGAUUGCUCGCAUGUUUCUGAGGACUGCGCAAAACAAGUUAUAACUCUAACACGUGCGCCCGUGAUGUUUCCGCAUUCCAAUGCCAAAUCAGUCUUUGACAGCGCACGUAACAUCCCGGAUGAGGUGAUCGACUUAGUGCGUGAAAACAAUGGCAUUAUCAUGGUGACAUUUGUGCCUGAGCAUGUGACGACCAGACGAUCGGAAGCGACGAUGGACAUGGUCCUUGAUCAUCUAUUCUAUAUCGCGGGUCAGAUUGGCUGGGAACAUGUUGGCCUUGGAUCUGAUUUUGACGGAAUUGCAUCUGUAAUACCAGAACUGGAGGAUGUGAAAUACUACCCGCGAUUGCUCCAAUCCAUUCUCGAUCGGGGCGCGACGGAAGAACACUUGACUAAAGUUGCCGGGGAGAAUAUUUUGAGGGUGUGGAAGGGCGUUGAGGAAAUUCGCGAUCAAAUGAAAACCGAGGGCGUGCAGCCUGUUGAGGAUGUCUGGGAGGAUCGAACUUGGUGGCGAUAUGAUGAAUACUAUCAGAUGCCCGAUCCAGAUCCUGAAGAUAAAUUGGGACUGGACUGGUAUGGACUUCUACCCCCAAAGGAAGGUCUUUGUCUUAAACAAUAG